AAUUUAGAAUAAUUUUCCUUUUUUUUUAAAGAAACAACUUUCUCAGCUACACCAUGUAUACUAUAAUAUGGUGUAAACCAUCUAGAGUAUAUAAAUGUGUCGAUAACUAUAUAAUGUAUAUGAUAAAUACAUGCCACAUAUACAACGUUAAUAAAAACAUGGUGCCAACAUCAUAACGAAGUAUAAUUGAUUUUAGUUUAAAUAAUUGAAGUCAGAGCAAAUUUAUUAAAGUUAAAUUCCGACCCGAACCAAAUAAAAAACCCGACCCAGACUUAACCAUUUCUCUCCCCAAAUCGAUUUCAUUUGGAAAUUUAGGGUUCAUCGUUCAAAACAGAGAGAAAGAGACAGAGAGAAAGAGAUAGAGAGAUUGCAGAGAGGGGUUUGGUGUUAUCGAAUCAGUAUCAGUGAAUUCGAAUCCGGAUGAGCUAAUCGAAGGAACAAAGCGACAAUGAGGUAAGAACCCUUGCUUGUUUAUACCUUGAUUUUUUCACACCCAUAGAACUUUCGACCCGGAUUUUUGUCUGUCUAAGCUUGAGAUAUCUUCGCCACCAACCCACAGUAACAAAGCACAUUGCUUUCAUUUACCUUGCCCUUUCCCUUAUUGCUCCAUCUUCCACCAAAUUUCAUCUCUCUUUCUCUGUUUCUAUCUCUUUCUCUCUGUUUUGAACGAUAAACCCUAGAUUUUCAAAUGAAAUCGAUUUGGGGGAGGAAAUGGUUAAGUCUGCGUCGGGUUUUUCGUUUGGUUCGGGUCGAAGUUUAACUUUAACAAAUUACGCUCUGACCCUAUUUAAACUAAAAUCAAUUAAACCUCGUUAUGAUGUUGGCACCAUGUUUUUAUUAACGUCGUAUAUGUGGCAUGUAUUUAUCAUAUACAUCGUGUAGUUAUCGACAUAUUAAUAUAUAAUCUGGAUGGUUUGCACCAUAUUAUAGUAUACAUGGUGUAGCUGAGAAAUUUUUUUUCUUUUUUUAAUAUACUCUAUUGGCUAAUCUGGUCGGAUAAUUUUUUCUUUUAUUUUAUUUUGUUGUAAAUAUUUUUUUUGCUUAAAAAUAUUUUCUAUUUAAAACAUGAAAAUAAAAUAUUACAGGUGUUUGUUGUUUACACAUUAAGUAGGAUGUAGGCCAUAAACACAGAGUAUUACAUAUUAGGUGAAGUGAAUGUGAACCAAAUCUUUAACGAACACAUAUGAUUUUCCCUUAUUGUCUUUUGGCUUUAUGUUGACAUGAUUUUUUGGGUUUAAUAUAAUUUAUCGACUUCACCUUCACGUUUGCAUAUAUGUAUUGUCCAUUUUUUUUCCACAAUCAUUGCGUAUUACACGAUUAUGUUUUAGUUAGUCAAGUAAAAAGGACAAUGACAUUAUGACAACCCGCCCUGUGGAACUACCCGUCCAUAGGUCCCAGGUUCACAGCACUGCAGCGCACCGACUCCAACCCCUCUAUUAUGAGUUUUCACUAACUCUAUAAUUAGGUUGUUGGUGAGCCUCGAACCUAGGACCUCACCCUUUAACACCAUUUCCACAGGACAAGCUGUCACCAAUUGAUUUGCAGUUCGGUGCGUUGCAGCGCUGUGAGCCUGGGGCCCAUGGGCGGAUAGUUCCACAGAGCGGGUUGUCACAGACAUAUUCUGAGGAAAUUAUUGUCCACACGACCUUACUCCCUAUCGAAACUUGAAAGACCAAUCAUCCUUUGAAGUCGCUUCUAUUUCAUUUUGUUUAAUUUUGUAUUAAACUACAUUCUGCCAAACUUAAAUAUACGGCAACAAACACACAACGAUUAUAAAUAUUUUUCUACUAGAGCAACUAUAUCACCUAAAUAUAUAGUAUACAUGAAUAUAUAUAGUAUAUAUUAUAGAAAUUCUAUAAAUUAAUAUUCGAUAAAUUAAUUGAAUGAACAUAAAAAAAACAUGGUGCCAGAAUCAGAAAAAAGGGCAAUUUGGUAACAUUCCAAGAUUCCUAUUGGCACAACUGUCUGAAUAACUUCUAUAUAUAUCAAAGCCGAUGAGUGUAAACCUUUACACAACCACACUUAAGUCUUAAAGCUGAGGAUUCCUUUUCUAUCUUUCUUAUCUUUCAUCACUCACUCACAAAAGCAACGAACAAUCCAGAGAGAUGGAUCAAAUAAAACAGGAGAUUCUGAAGAAACUUACCAAGCUCAUAGUAAUUUUAAUAUGGGUUUCAUCUCUUUUAAUCACUCUCAACUCCUAUCUAUACAGGUUCACAAUUCAACUUGUAACACACGCGGUAGAUAAGAACUACAUGUUCCUACUCUCCAGUGCUCUCUUAGCGUUUGUUGCUAAGGGCAUCGCUACGUCAAAACCAGCAGAGGAAGAUUGGAGCAAGACCGAUAAAACCUUUGAUUACCGAGAUUUCGAGAGUUACGAUGCCAUAUUGGAGCUAGAGUAUUCCCAUGUGCAUGAAAAAGAAACAUAUUCUUUUCUUGCAGAGGAAGUUAGUACAAAUGAUCAAGAAACCGAAGAAGAGAAAGAAGAUCAAGAAACCAAAGAAGAAAAAGAAGAUCAAGAAACCGAAGAAGAGAAAGAAAAAGAAGAGUAUGAUGAGCCAUUAACAGAUAAUGGUGAUCUAGAGGAAGAAUGUGAUAUUGAUGGCGGAUUUAAAGAAGAGGAGGAUAAUGUGGGAGUGGUGACGGAGGAAGAGAUGAACAAGAGAUUCGAUGAGUUCAUUAGAAAGAUGAAGGACGAGCUUAGAAUCGAAGCUAAACGGCACUUGAUCGUUGUUUGAUUUCUAUAGUUAAGUUAGUUUUGUUUAAGCUUAAACGCAUGCAAUAAGGUCAUAUAGAGCGAGUUUUCUAGACUCUUCUUCAUGUCAUAUGUACUUUGAGUAUCUCUUUUAAUGGAAUCUCUUUCUUA